GUGUCAACAUGUAUACAGCACCUACUCAGCAACUCCAGCUGUUUUCAAGUCUGUACAUAUGUUUCAGGAAUCACUGCGAGCUGUGGAACCUAGUACUUAAGUACCAUUGAUAGUGCCUGACUUGAAUGUAGCAGAGACCACAAUGGAAUCACCUGCUGGCUUCCAUGAGGACUUAAACAGCAAAACAGACCCAUUGGGAAAUGUAGGAACUAAAUGGACGAAGCAGCAAGCAGUACAGUGGGAUGCUAACUAUAAGGAAGCAUCGCUUUGCUACUUGCUCACCGUAAGAAUCAUACGAAUGAGAAAUCUUCCUCAGGGAGACUUUUUAAGCCAGUCUGAUUGUUACGUGAGCCUGUGGUUGCCAACCGCUUCAGCUGAAAAAGUCCGGACCAAAACUAUCAAGAACUGCAGGGAUCCAGUGUGGAAUGAAACCUUCUAUUUCAGGAUCCAGAGUCAGGUCAAGAAUGUCUUGGAACUGGCAAUCUUUGAUGAAGACAUUGUCCAAGAUGAUGGCCACCUCAUUGUUCUCUUUGAUGUAGCUAAAAUCCCACUUGGAGAAACAAUUUUUAUGAAGUUCCAGUUGAAUCCACAGAGAAGGGAGGAGCUGGAGGCUGAGUUCACACUGGAGAACCUUCUGCAUCUUCCUGAAACUAUCAUCACCAAUGGAGUAGUAGUGUCUCGUGAAAUUUCCUGCUUGGAAGUUCAGGUGGAUAGGAGGAAGUGGAAGAAGAAGAAGGAAAAAACGCAUUCUACAAAGCAUGACUUGACAUUUUCAGUGAAAGGAUCCUUUGAAGAAACCCAGGGCCUUUCGUUGUGCUGUGACCCCAGCUUUCAUCUUACAGAUCCUAUUCUGUUUCACUAUGCCAAGCAUAGCCAGCCACAACUGGAUAUUACAGUCCCGAAAAUGAAGAUACUUCCCAGCUUUUGUGCUUGUAUGCCAUGUAGAGCAGGAAGGAGUAGAACUGGCCCUUUGACUGUGCCAUUGAAUUUACUUCCCUUUGAUCAAGAAGUAAUAGAUAAGCACAGAAAAUUUGACCUACACUUUAAGACAAAACAGUGCCGGGAAGACCUAGAUAUGCGCUUGGGGUUUGAGUUGUGUGUGGAGGAGCAGGAUUUCCUGCAUAAAAGGAAAAAAGUGGUUGCUGCUGCUCUGAAAAAGGUUCUCCAGCUAGAGGAGGACCUGCAGGAUGAUGAGGUACCAGUGGUGGCAUUCAUGACAACAGGUGGUGGUACAAGAGCAUUGACAGCAAUGUACGCUCACCUGUUGAGUAUCCAGAAGCUGAAUGUUUUGGACUGUAUUUCAUACAUCACUGGUUUAUCUGGCACAACAUGGACAAUGUCAAAUUUGUAUGAAGAUCCUGACUGGUCACAAAAGGAUAUGGAGGCAUCAGUCAGUGAUGCUCGGAAACACGUGAUCAAAAACAAGUUCUUGGCCUGUUUUUCCGUUGAUCGUCUGAAAUACUAUGUAAAGGAGCUACACCAGCGGAAACAAGAGGGGCACAAGAUAUGUUUUACAGAUUUGUGGGGACUCAUCAUUGAAGCCAUGUUACAUGAUGGGGAAGACCACCAUAAACUCACAGAUCAGCAACAAGCACUCAGUAAUGGUCAGAAUCCCCUGCCCAUCUACCUUGUUCUCAAUGUGAAGGACAAAAUUAGCAAUCGAGAUUUUAGAGAAUGGAUGGAGUUCACUCCCUAUGAGGUGGGACUCCUUAAAUAUGGGGCCUUCAUUCGCGCUGAGAAUUUUGGAAGUGAGUUCUUCAUGGGUCGGCUGAUGAAGAAGCUCCCAGAAUCUCGGAUCUGCUUCUUGGAAGGGAUCUGGAGUAGUGUAUUUUCCUUGAACCUUAUGGAUGCCUGGUAUAUCUCCUUUGAGUCAGAAGAGUUCUGGCACAAAUGGACCCAAGACAGAGUUAUUGACAUUGAUGAAGAACCUGUUCUACCUACGAGGCCAAGCGAGUUAAAUACUCGGGUGGUCUCCCCCCCAGAUAGCCUUUCAACUGUUUUUCGAGAUGUUUUUAUGUUGCGGCCAGCAGUUUCAGAAAUCCACAAUUUUCUAAAGGGUUGCCAGAUGCACAAUAACUACUUGGAGAAUGAGUUUUCUAGAUGGAAAGACUGUGAGCUUGACUGUCACCCCAACCAGCUGACAGGAGCGACAGAUCACCUCACUCUGAUAGAUACUGCAUUUGCCUUCGAAACCAGUUAUCCACCGCUUAUGAGGCCUGAGAGGAAAGUGGACCUCAUCCUGCAUUUCAACUACAGUUCAGGAUCACAGAUAGCGCCUUUGAUAAAAGCCUCUAAGUACUUCUCAGAGCAGGGAAUCCCUUUCCCCAAAAUUGUGCCACAUGAAGAAGAAGCAAAAAGUCCAAAGGAGUGCUACAUAGUUGGAGACAAAGAAGGCCCAGAGACACCUGUAGUGCUUCUUUUCCCACUCGUGAAUGACACCUUUAGAAACUACAAAGCACCUGGUGUGAAACGUAGUCCCUCAGAGAUGGCAGAAGGUGAAAUUGAUGUUGCCGAUAUCAAUGGUUCAUAUAAUAUAAAUAAUCUGCGCUAUUCAGAGGAAGAUUUUGACAAGCUGGCAAAACUGAGUUACUACAACGUCCAGAAUAAUAAAGACUUGAUUCUUCAGGCCUUGCGUAUAGCUGUGGAACGGAAAAAACAACAUAGAAAUAGUCUCAAACCUCAUACUCCUCUGUGAUGAUAUAUCUUUCUCUCCUAUCAUUGGGAAGGAUCCCAGCAUUCUACUGAUUGUCCAGCAUUAUGUUAAAUGAAAAAUAUCCAUCUGUUGAUAUUACUGAAGAAAAAAGGAACAGAAACAGAAAGUGAUUGAAAUCUAAAGAAUGCUAAAAAUAGCAUUCAAUCUGUAAUAGGAAAAACUAGUAUCUGCCUGUCAGAAAUGGGAAUAAACAAAGUGGAAAGCUCUUCCAUAAUUUAUUUAUGUGUUUCCCUUGUUAACACUUUCAGCAGAGUGGCCAAGUACUGAAUUGAUGUUGAGGCUGAACUAUGCUGUCACUUCUAGAAGUGAUCUUUCCAAGUCAAAGUUGAGGCAGAUUGGCAAGGAAAUGUGAAGUAGCUUGCAUUAACAUUGUUUGUGUUGUAUCUAUUCUGUCAAUUAAGAGAGAACUUCCACGACCAGGACUGCCAGUCCAGAACCUUUAAAGAGAACAGAAUCGAUUUUUAAAUAAAAUAAUUAACAUACUAAGAUUUCUAUACAAAUAUAUAUAAAUAUGAAGUAAAAUUUUGCAUAAUAAAAUGUUUUUUUGGAUUCUA